GGCUGAUUGAGCACUCUAAAUUCGCAAUAAUUUCAUAAAAAAUAUAUACAUUAGAUAGCUGACAGAAUUUUACUUUUGUGUUAUGACAAUCUUCAACCCUAAUAAAAACUGAGCCGUAAUCCCGAUCAUGUCCCAACCUGCAAUUUGGCCAACACCUGUGUUCAUGAUUUUAUACCAGUUCUCAUUCAUGGAAGAAUAGCUUCCAAGUUUCGCUACUUUUAGUCAAUAUGCUUUUUGUGUUGAAGUAUGAAAAUCAGUAGAGAGGAAGUCUCAAUGUUGGAGUGACCUCUUUUUCUUUGACUUCUGGCUGUCAUGCAACGUCAAAUAACGACACAGAGCCAAAGAAAGAGCAGUGAGCUAAUUUUGGAGGCCAGCAAUGUCCAUACAAGCAGCUGCUGGGGUCCUUCAGCGAGCUGCGAGCAGACUUUGGCAGUGAAGUGACACUCUAGUCUCUCUCACUCACUCACUCACUCACACACACACACACACACAUACGCACACACACACACACACACACACACACACGUUGUGGCGCUUGGAGAGGAGAUAAUGUCAAGGCGUAAGGAGCAAAAGGACCUGGCGCUCAUUAAACAAGUGGAACUCAUUUUGGAUUCCUGCACACUGGAGCUCACUGCAGUGGAUGAAGUCUGGCCAAACCUCUACAUAGGAAACAUAGCUGUAGCACAAAAUAAAAAGACUUUAUCCAAGCUGGGCAUCACUCACAUCCUGAAUGCAGCUCACUCCAAGCAGGGAAGCAUCGGGGACCAACGCUUCUAUGGCGACGCUUACGUUUACUGCGGCAUACCAGCAGAAGACUCGGACCACUUUGACCUCAGUCAGUAUUUCAAACCCGCAGCGGACUUCAUCCAUAAAGGCCUAAAGAAGGACCACGGGAAAGUCCUGGUGCAUUGCAUUAUGGGUGUAAGCCGCUCAGCCACACUGGCGCUGGCUUACCUGAUGCUGCAUCACCGUCUCACCCUCCACGAUGCUCUGAGGCACGUCGUGCAAAAACGUGCCAUUUACCCCAAUCGGAACUUCCUGAUGCUCCUCCACAAGCUGAGUGAACAGUUGGCAUUCAAAAGGAGGUUGUGUCCCCUCCUUUGAUGCGACAUCUCCUUUGUUUUCACCUCCUUUCCGCUACGAUUCCCUGACAAACAUCUUGCAUGGACAACACUUUGAAGAGAUGUUUUGGGUUUCUCUAUUUUUCAUUUUAAUCGCACAUUAAAAUAUCCGCAACUUUGUACAUACUGUAUUACUUCACAGCAUUUUAAGAAACACAGUGAUCUUGUUUAUCAGUGGUUAUAUUAAGAAUGCACACUGUUUUUGCUUGUUUUUAACCGCACAUACUAACCUUAACUAUGGGUUAUGUCCAUAGCAAUUGUCAUAAAAAUGGUGUAAAUUGAAUUCAAUGUAAAAAACUCCAAAUUGUAUUGCAUCAUUGAUCUACAAAUUGUCCCAUCCCCAACUAUGCAACUGCUUUUUGAUUACUUCUAUUCAAAUGGUAUAAAAGAUAA